AUGGAUGUUGCCUUCACAGAAGCCAGCAGCAGCUCCCAUGGAAGUACGGACUGGCUGGAUUUUACCCUUGUCACCUGCACAGAAACGGUGACUUUCACUGAAGUGGUGGAGGAAGAGGAGUGGGGAUCCUUUUAUUAUUCCUUUAAGACUGAGCAGCUGGUGACCCUUUGGACUCUCUUUAUCGUCACAAUUGCUGGAAAUGCCAUCGUGCUGUUCUCCACCUGGAAGAGGAAGCGGAAAUCUCGAAUGACCUUCUUUGUCACACAGUUGGCAAUCACAGAUUCAUUCACAGGACUCAUAAACAUAAUGACGGACAUCAUUUGGCGCUACACUGGAGAUUUCAUGGCCCCUGAUCUCGUCUGCAGAGUUGUCCGCUACUUACAGGUGGUGCUUCUCUACGCUUCAACUUACGUCCUCGUAUCACUAAGCAUAGACCGCUACCAUGCCAUAGUUUAUCCAAUGAAGUUCUUGCAAGGAGAAAGGCAGGCGAAAGUUCUUAUUGGAGUGGCCUGGAGCCUCUCUUUCCUGUUUUCGAUACCGACUCUGAUUAUUUUUGGGAAACGGCAGCUCUCCAACGGCGAAGUGCAGUGCUGGGCGCUCUGGCCUGACGACUCGUACUGGAUCCCCUACAUGACAGUGGUCGCCUUCCUGGUGUACUUCAUCCCCCUCAUCAUUAUCAGUGUCAUAUACUCAAUUGUGAUUCGAACGAUCUGGAUGAAGAGCAAAGCUCAGGCUGUCAUCAUAUCUAGCUGCCCUGAUGGCCAAAUCUCUGCCAGCUACACCAACCGUGGCUUCAUAUCCAAGGCGAAGGUGAAGGCGAUCAAGUACAGCAUCGUCAUCAUUCUUGCCUUUGUUCUCUGUUGGAGCCCCUACUUUCUCUUUGAUAUUUUGGACAACUUCAACAUACUUCCCGAGACCAAGGAACGCUUCUAUGCCUCUGUGAUCAUCCAGAACCUGCCGGCCUUAAACAGUGCCAUCAAUCCCCUCAUAUACUGCAUCUUCAGCAACCGGCUCUGCCCUCCUUUCGAGGAAAGAAGGUCAAGAAGGCUAGAGGGGACUUUCCGAGACAGAAGCGAAGCAGGGCAGGAGAUGCAGGUCCUCUCCAAACCGGAAUACAUCUAGCGCGGUCCCCUCUGCA